GAACGAGCCGGGUCUCGCUCGUUCGCUCGUCGCGUGCACGCACUAACACACGACCGGUCGCCUGCACCAUCAUCAUCCCCUUCUCGUCCGUGCAGGCGCGACGAACACACUCACGGAAAAGAGUAGGAGAGCGCGAGCCGGUGCCUCUCCUCGAGCGUCGUGUGGCAGCGUGAGUUUCUCUCCCUCCCUGUGCACUCGCCCGACCGUCCGUCCGUCCGUACGUCCAACUGUCCGUCCGUCUGUCUCCCCGUCUGUCUGUUCUCGUCCCAACUGGAGGCAAGUCGGAGAGAAGCGAGCGAGCAGCGUGGCAGUGCCGAGAGCGGCCGGAGUCACGGUUUUACCGUACGCGCGUGAACGUGACCAAUACGUAUAGGUACAGUGCAGUGUAUCACCCCGGCCAGCGGUGUGUGUAUACGUGCAAGCGCGCCGUUCUGUGGGAGCAGCGAGAGCGAGCGAGUCGUGUGCGUGCCAGCCGGAGUGUGUUCCGUUCCGUUCGCGUUUCCUUCGCGCGAAUGCGAACGGCAGUGCGCGUUCUGUCGCUGUCGCGGUUAUCCUUGCGACGCUCUUUCGCAACGCGUUGUGUGCGCGAGUUCCCUUUUGGCUGCGUGAUCGUCGUCCUCGUGCCGGACAGAGUAACCGCCACGACGUGUCUCUCUCGAUCGCUCCCCCGCAGUACUUCCCCUUUGGACCCUCUAUCCUCUUCACGCCUCACGGUCUCUCUCUCUCAUCAUUCGCUUCAUCGUAACGCGGUUCGUCCGCGCGGCGCUCCGCUCCGAAGUAUGGCGUUUGAUUCGCCGCGCACACGACGCCUCGACGACCGCGCCGAGUGACGCCUGUUUGUGGUGUGUGAUUCGGAGAAGAAAAAAAAAAUAGAGAUUUGCAAAGUGAAAAACAUAUCGACUGCUGGGUGAGACCCGACGUCGAUGAUCGGUUUCACGAUCGCUCGCCCCGCCGGCUGAUCGGGGACGCACUGGGUGAGCCGAACGGAAUAUCAGCCUUGGGUAAUGAUCGGCGGGGGCCGAAUCGUGAACCGUGAUCGGGAGUGGUGUGUGAAGAAGGUUUCCGAGCGAUCGUCCGAGGCACCAUGAGACGUCGCAAAUCCCCGUUCCCCGUGGGCCACGGGGUCGCGAUGUAAACGCGCGGCGGAACGGCAUGGACAUUCGCGGAGGCUCGAGUCGCACGGCGGGCCGUUCUGUCGCGUAUCCGUGUGCGCGUCCGCGCGAACUGCCGUCCCGGGGGUGAAACUGAACGCGAUGAGAACGCUGGCAAGAGUAACGAGGAUGGACGAAUUCGUGAAAUAGCCCGGCGGGAGAGCAAGCGAGCGAGCGAGCAGGCGAGAAGGCAAGCUUCAAGCUAGCGGGCGAGCGAGCGCGAGCGAGCCACCACGCCGUUGCCAGACCGCGCCGCUUCACAGGCUACAGCUGCAAAACGAAAAUGUCGUGGGCCAGGAUAGCCAGUGCCGCUCAACUUGCGGCAGCAGUGGCCGUCAUCCUGAGGAUCCUGCUCGCGUCCGCGGACCCGUUCACGUGCCUGGAAGAGCAGACCUACGAGCAGACCACCUACACGGUGCCUGUCUCAUCCACGGAGAACGACACCGACAAUUAUGGAGUGCCGACGAAACCGUUGAACCUCUCGUCUCACGAUAUCACCUCCACCACCAUCGAAUUGUCAUGGUCCGAGCCGGAGAGCGCCAAUGGGAUCAUUUCCGGUUAUCGCAUCUACUACAGGCAUUCCAACUGCACCGACGUUCGCAUGCACAAACACGACGAGUCCGACGGCUCAAUCAUCGAAUUCGUCUUAAAGGAACUGAAGCCGAACACCGAGUAUAAAAUAUGGGUGCAGGCGUACACAUGGAGGAACGAGGGCGAACUUUCCGACCACAUCAUCCGGGAGACGGACAUCUCCGGGCCGAGCGCCCCGUUGAUCCUGAACGUCAGCUGCCAGACCCACGACUCCGUCUACAUCCAAUGGGCAAGACCGAACAUCUUCUGGGGCUCGAUCGAUUACUACUUCAUUAAAUACCGGAUCGAGAACGACGAUCGUUACGAGGAGAUCGAAGUGCUUACCGAGAAGAAUCAUCUCGAGAGCGGCACAAUCAUACCAAACCUGACGAUGAACACAGUCUACGAGAUCGUGGUGCGCGGAGGCACGCGGAGUGCCAUCGACAAGCGGCUGAUCAUAAACGGCGAAGGUUCCAUCCCACGAAAGGUCCGCGCGACUCGCGAUUGCGAUAAAGUUCCACCGUUGCUGUCGCACAGUACCAGGAAGUUCAGCAGCGGAGUGAUCGCCGGGAUGAUCUGCGCUUGCCUGGCAGUGAUGCUGAUGAUCACGUCCUUCGUCGUAUGGAAGCCUUGCCUGAGGCCAAUUUUCAGGAAAUGCUUCCACACCGCUUACUACUUCCUCGACUAUCCGCCCCGGAGCGUGCCCACGCUCCAGGAAUGGGAAAACACCGAACAGGACGGGGAACGGACCGCGGUCGCCAUACAGAAGUUCGUGCAGCACGUCGCGAGCCUACACGCGGACAGCGACAUCGGUUUCAGCAAGGAGUACGAGUUCAUUCAAUCGGAGACCGGCAAACUCACCGCGGAGAACUCCCAGUACGUCGAGAACAAAGCGAAGAACCGAUACAUGAAUAUACUGGCAUACGAUCACACCAGGGUACAAUUGCUAUCAUGCGGCGGAGGUCCGCCCAAGAAGGGCCACGAUUACGUAAACGCGAAUUACAUCGAUGGUUGGCAGCGUGCACGCGCUUAUAUCGGUACACAGGGUCCUCUACCGCCAACAUUCGACGGAUUCUGGCGCAUGGUGUGGGAGCAGAGGGUGUCGAUCAUCGUUAUGAUCACCAAUCUCGUCGAACGUGGACGCAAAAAAUGUGAUAUGUACUGGCCCAAGAAGGGAUCUGAGACCUACGGAUAUAUUCAAGUAACCCUGCUGAGGGAGGACGUGAUGGCGACCUAUACCAUCCGCACUCUUCAAAUUCGUCAUCUAAAGUCGCCUAUGCCGUCACAGGUGAAGAAGAGGAAGAACGGCGUGAACAUGGGCGAGCGUACCGUUUGGCAGUACCAUUACACCGGUUGGCCUGAUCAUGGAGUACCAGAACAUCCUCUACCAGUCCUAAGCUUCAUCCGGAAAUCAUCUAACGCCAAUCCGCCAGACGCAGGGCCGAUCGUUGUUCAUUGCAGUGCUGGAGUUGGACGCACAGGCACCUACAUCGUUAUAGACGCAAUGCUGAAGCAGGCCAAGUGCAAGAACGAGGUGAACGUAUUUGGAUUCUUGAAACACAUCCGUACGCAACGGAACUUCUUGGUCCAGACCGAAGAACAGUACGUGUUCAUCCAUCAUGCUCUGCAAGAGGCUAUUGAGAGCGGUGAGACCAACAUUGAAGCGAACAACCUAAUGGAAUAUGUUCAAGAUAUGCUAAAUCCUAACAAUACCAACACUGACGCGUGGAAUAACCUGGAAGCACAGUAUAAACUGGUAACUUCUUGGAAACCGAAGGAGUUCAAUCUGGUAUCAGCGAUCAAACCCUGCAACCUCCACAAGAAUCGCAAUCAAGAAGUUAUCUCUAUCGAGACCGCUCGCGUUCACCUAACUCCGAAACCAGGAGUCGAUGGAAGCGAUUACAUCAACGCUACAUGGAUUGCUGGUUUUCACCGUAAUCGAGAAUUCAUUAUCACUCAACAUCCUAUGGAGAACACGAUCAUGGAAUUCUGGCAGAUCAUGUGGGAUUACAAUGCGCAAACCGUGGUCAUGUUAACCGAAUGUAACGAUGAAUACCCCGAAUUUUGGCCAACCGAAGGAAAGGAUCUAGAAUCGGAGACCUUCCGAGUGCGAUCCUGUGGAAUCAAGGAAACCGCGAGCGGAAUGAUCCUCCGCGAGGUCGCAGUCCGAUCCCUGCAAGACGAUUACGAACUGAGUGCCAAAAUCGUCCAAGGACCACGGUCCCAUCCCUGUUUCUGGCCACAUAACACGAAUCCACGUCCACUUGUCACUUUGAUCCAUGAUUUACACCGGGACUAUCAAAACGGUCCUAUCGUCGUGAUGGAUAGGUAUGGCGGAGUUGAAGCUGCUGUUUUCAUACUCCUUACAACUUUGAAGAAGCAACUGGAGUUCGAGAAGAGCGCCGACAUAUACAUGUUCGCGAAACUCUUGUACAUGAAGCGACCUGGAGUCUUCCGAUCAAAGGAGGAUUACAUGCUGUUGUACCAAUGUCUAGAAGCCAUGUUGUCAUCGAAAGGCCAUGAGGAGCCAGAUCUAUAUUCCAUGGCGAACGGCCACGUGUCCACGAUGACGGACCCGUCAGAUGUGCCGACUUCCUCCAUGCAACACAUGCAAAUGGAUUACUCACCGAAACCGACAAUGAUCCGCGAAUACGCGACAGUUGAGGUGAACUCGAUGUCCGAUUACACGAUACCAAUCCGAGUAGACCACUCGAUGGAGCCAUGCAGCAGCAGAAGCAGCGAAAGCUGUCUGUCGACCCACGCGGCCAACGAACACGAGAAAAGCAUCGUAAUGACCCAUCGGAACUGUCUCCUCGAGCCGGUCCGAGCCGCUGUAACCGAUCGAGCUCCGCACUGUCCGAAGUGUAAUCCCGAUCCUCAAACACUCGAGCCUUACACACAUUCAAAAUCAGCCUGUACAACUCUCGAGACAGCACUUCUGUUCGUCAACACCAAAAACAAACACUCGGCACAAAGCAGGGUCCAUCGAAUGGAGUUCCGGAUUGGACACGUCUUCGCACAAAACGGAAGGACGGCGACUCGAUUUUAGCAUUUUCCUGAAACCGUUCGAGCACGUUCCGUGUAAAUAUUAUUAUUAAUCGUUCGCGUCAAAUAGGUGCACGCGUACUCUCACGGGAACACACAGACGAGAAAAAAAAAGUAAGAGGGUACGCGUGCACGCGGCAUAGGGUAUAAAUCCGGGGGGCCCGGUUUCCGGUAGCGCGCUGGGUGCCAAAACAAAAGAAAGAUAAAGAAGAAGAAGAAGACGAAGAUAAUAAUGGUGAUGAUAAUGGUGAUGAUAAUGAUGAUGAUAAUGAUGAUGAUGUGAUGAUGAUGAUAAUUAUGAUUAUGAUGAUGAUAAUGAUGAUGAUAAUGAUGAAGAUAGUGGUAAUGAUGAUUAUGAUGAUGAUGAUAAUGAUGAUAAUGAUGAUAAUUAUGAUAAUGAUGAUAAUUAUGAUGACGAUGAUGUGAUGACGACGAAUAAGAAGACAAAAAGAAAACACUUUUGCUGAGACACGCCCGCCGGUCCCCCCAACCGUCGAUCGUUGUUUCAUUGUGUAAGUGUACACUCCUCAUAUCUGUAUAUACACACGCGGCCAUACACAUACACAUAUACACUCGCGCACGGCCAUAAAUGCGUAUAGACAUGUACUUUUAUAUAAGUUGGAUCAUUCGACCACUUCUUUACCAAAGAAUCGCUUGUAUUCGCUCUCGUUUCGUUUUUAAGCCCUUCUCUCUGAUUUCCAUUCAACAGUCGAGGGUACUAUCGAUCGGGGUCAAUCCCGUUCCAUUGCGCGCUGCUAUGUAUAAUCGCGACAGCGAGAGAACAGGAGAUACGAGUUGGCAUGUCGAAAAGGAAACUUAAUCGCUGGUCCGGUGUGACUCUUUGCAUCUCUUUCUCUCUUUCCACCGCUUCGAAAUAUGCGAUGUCACAAGGAAUUGAGGAUCCAAACAGUCGAAUCGAGCGGUCAGCUCGGCUCGCACGACUUUGAGUCUGGUCGGACGAGUCUGCAGACGGAACGGAACGAAAAAAUCGGGAACGCGAUGAUCACGGAUCACACACGAUCAAAGUCGUGCGCAGAAUGACGCAAAUGCUUAAACGAAGUUAACCGUAAAUAAACGAAUAAACAGCUGAAAAAGAAAAUUCAAACGGAUCGCAAGAACUCGAUCGCUAAUGAAUUAAACUCUAUCGAAUGCUAAUAAUUGAUCUAAGUGUAAACGUGUUAUACGUGUAACGUCCGUGUAUAAUUGUUCUUUUACAUCGUGAGAGCGGAGGAAGAAUGUGAGUGUGAAUGAUGACUGAUGCAAAUGCCCCUUUCCCAACGAACUCCGUUUAAUUAAUGAAUAAUCGACUAAUCCGUGCGAAGAUUAAUGAAGAGAUCGCGAUGAGCGUAUCGAACGAUUUGAACGAACUGCCCGCGAUCAACGACCGAUCGAUUCAUCGAGACGCGCUGGACACGAUGUGAAACCUACGGCGACGACAAUCCUAAGCGUUCGAACAAUUAACGAUUCUCCGUGGCGCAGCGAUCGUAUUCGGUGGAUGCGCCACGUGUACCGGUUAAAUGAUUUUUACGCGAUCGUGCGUGACUCGCCCGCACGCAUAUUGUGAUAACGCAGAUAAGACGAUACGUAUUAUACACGCACACGUAUUUACAUAUUCCAAGCAUACAUACGAAAGUUCACGUUCACGAUUCGAUGCCGAUCAUUACUGCUGCGGGUCCCAUUGCCGCGCGAUCAUUUUCUACCGACAACGCCGAAGACUGUUCUCAUCUAGGAUUCUUAACGAUAUACACCGUAACGAUAAGUCAAACGAAUCACGUGAUAAUGAAAUCGAAAACUGCCUGCCAACGAUUCUCGACCGCCACCCUCUUCCCUCAAUCCCCUGUAUCCCGUUUUUACAAGAUAUUUCGACGUGUAUAGAUCGAACUUAUCCGGAAAGCCGGUGCGUCACAUGAUUUUAUUGCCAAUCGUCGUCGACGGGUACGAGAAGACACAGGAAAAUCUAGAAAAACCAGAAAAUAAGGAGGAAAAAAAUAGAAAAAAGGAUAUGUGUGUGCAUGCAACCAGUGUACGUGUUAAUAAGGCGCGCGUAACGAAGGCGAUCUUAAACUUUGUCGUCAGUUUUAACUCAGUAUCGAUGUAAUCAUUAAAGUAAUUACGUGUCUUCCACCGGGUUGGUCGGCGCGAGGAACGAAGGUAUAGGACGCGGGAUCGAUUGAUUGAUCGAGAUCUGCACACCUGUGCCCGAGUAAUCCAACCGUCGAUCUACAUUUCGCAAGAGCCCAGCGAAACACCCCGGAGGAGGACUCGGCUAAAACUUAAGUCAUAGGGUAUAGUUCGCUUGUCGGAAAGAUAGGAGGCAAAUACAUCGGAGCGAUCGUCGUGACAUCGAUUGUAUUUUUUGCUACCUUUUCGACUCGUCGACGAAACUAAGAAACAUAAAACGACGGCCGAGGGAAAGAGGAAAAGGUGGCAAAGUAGUGGCACUUGAAGGGAAAGAGAAUGAAAACGAUCAACUUCAUUCUGAAACGGUGAACGCGUUAACGAUCAGAAUACUUGAUCCCAUCGCAGCCGAAUACAGUCAUCAAGAAUGAUAGAACGGAAUGUUACAUUCCGUCGAUCAGAAACUUGAUAGUACGUUCCAUGUGCUGAUGGUAGCAAAGUACUCCGAUCAUCGACAUUCACAAGUAGAAUUGCCGAGUAACAUCAAUGUUGCGUUCGUAAGUAAUACCCAAGCAUCUUCGUCUACGACAGAUCCGCUGCCGCAACGGAAACUCGAUUCACAGAUCCUCGACUGUUUCUUCCUAUUCGACCAAUUAGUCUGGUAAAAAGUAAAUGAAAAACAAGUGAUACGUUCUAGUGUCCGCGUACACAAGCGAAAUUUAAUCCGAGACACCGCGAUUGAAUUCUAUUACGAAGCGAAACCGGCUGGAGGCGCUAGCGCUUCCGGCGAAUCAGAGAAACCGAGCCGACGUCCGGCGUUGGGCUUAGCGUCUGAUCGGAAGCGAUGCACGCGAUCGAACGAUCGUCUCGGGUUUCGAUCCCUCAGGUACGAUCGUUGGAGAUCGUCGACGGUGACGUUCGAUCACGGGCAUCGUAACUAGAUGUCGAUGAGACGCGGCGAACUCGUGCCGGACAGAAACGAGACGACGCUGCUGUGUCCUCGAGAGGGCCAGCUGUCAUGGAAAUAGAUAAUUCCUCUGGACCGAUUUAAUUCAGCGAAUCCCUCCCUACGCGAUGCGGAAGAGUCGAUGAUCGCGUUCCAUACCGCGCACGACCACGUGGCGCGUGUAUCGUUCGUUCCGAUAAAUUAAAGAAUGAUCGGACGCGAAUCAACGACUCGACCAUAUGUUCCGCGCACACCAGCCGUGGAAAGACGUGUCUGGCACACAUUCACGCGCACACGUAUACAUGUUCUCGUGUCACACAUCCACAUUACAUACUUAUGCAGGGUGUUCCGACGAAAAUGUAUGGACACUGAGUGCCGUUGAUGGACGUUGGUACAUAUAAAUUUUACAAUCCAAGUUAACGGAGACGAUCGUUGACCGUUUAGGUCCAGGCAGACGUGAAAUUUGUGUGUACUCUGUUUUCUUUCGGACACCCCGUGUAAUUCAUAGAUACAGACACACGCAAACAAUACCGACCACAGAAUUCUAGAAAACAAAAAGAAUAUCGACGACGACGAGCGUCUAGGCUCCGGUAGAAAUCUAGUUUCACUUGCGAACGAACCGAUCAUUGUUAGUGCUUAAAGCGACCGCGUGGCGAAUGAGAAACAAUCGCGCGAGGGAACGGGCCGUACACAUGACGAGCAGCGAAAAGGGAAGAGUAUAUAAAUAUAAAUAUAAAUAUAUAUAUAUAUAUAUAUAUAAAUAUGGGUAUAUAAAGACGAAUGAAAAUACAAAUAUAAAUCUAUUAUGUUCGGAUAUUUGUGAUGUGAGACGGUCGAGGGGAUGCUAAAAAAGAAGGAAAAUAUCGUUGUGAACUGUGUAAAACCGCGUUUUCUCCAAUUUCCCGCCACGCGAGUUCUCGCGUGACCGGCGCAUGCGUUUCACCCGCCCAUUCGCCGGACCGUGGACAGGGUUCCCCGUGAAUAGACGCCGUGUGAUAGUUUGGCGGUUGAAAGCACCGAUUUUCAACGCUGCCAUUCCAGUCCCUCCUAAUCGUGUCGUUCGAAGCGGCUCGCUAAUAUUAACGAAGCGAAACAGCGCAACGAGAAUCGGGGGAUGCUCGGCAACGCUUGUCCCCCGUACACGCCACGGGGAUGACCCUCGUUGCGCGCGGGCGCACGCGAUCUGUACUGUAUUUUAUGAUAAGAGACACCGUAAACUCUGAAUGUACCUACACAGAUCUAUAUACAUUAUAUAUAUAUAAAUUAUUAUUAAAUAUAUGUGUAUAUGUUUAUAUAUAUAUCUACGUAUAUAAAUAUAUAUAUGUAUAUGUAUAUAUAUAUAGAUUUAAACAAAAAUUGAUAAACGACGAUGAGCGUAGCGCACGAAGAGAGGGCGGCACGCGCAACCGAGCGAUUCCCGCGUCGAAAUCUGCCCGGGAACCGAUUGGCGCAUCGUUUAUACAUAAUAUAAAUAUUAUACAUAAUUAACUCGAGAGGAUUAACGAUAGGAUGUGUAUAGAAUGAUAAUUUAGAGUCUAGUCAGCAUAACACAAUCGUAAUCGAGGACGCACACGUUUCUCGUUUCGUUUCACAUUGUAUGUACGGUUUUACUUUCCCUUCUUUCUCUUUGUUACGUUCGCGGACGGGGUGUAACGACCGUGCGUGUCUAAACCCCCACCGAACCGUUCGCCAUCUCGUUAUUUCUCUGUACUCGGGGCGUUCGGGUUUUUUAUCACGCACGAAUCGACGCGUGGCUGCGUUUACAGCUGUUCGUCGUGCGUACAGGGGAUAGAAAUUUGACGAUGGCGUCGUCAAGGAUUUUGCCAUAUGCAAAUCGCUAACAGAACGGUGAUAUUCCUCGUCCGAUCAGCGUAAAGAAAUUGAAUGUAAGCUUCCUUUAGUUUAUGUCUGAACGCCGGUUCUUUUACAUUUCGUUUCUCCUUGUCUCUUCUUGUUCAAAAUUUUUAUUUAUUCGAUUAUUCGUCGCGUGCACGAGGAUAGGGUUGGACAAUCAACGCGGAAGGACGUACUGGUGUUGUCUCCGGGUUGUAUCGAGAGACCGCGCUAACAUUCCAAUCACUUCUGACGAAAAGACUUUUUUUUUAUAUGAUUGUAUGAUACGAAUAACUUGUUCGCUUUGUUUAUAACAAGACUCUUUUUUUCUAAGGACGUGAUUAAACUUUUUAUUUAUUCCCGAACGAGGAGAGUUGUUGGCGUUCCUCUUCUUCUACGUGUCUUUCGGAGUUCCGUUUCUCGCGAAUUACUGCGGAUAUUACAUAUUACGUUUCCGUUGCACCUCGCUUCUCGUUUGACUGACUUCCGUUGGAACGAUUAGUGGAACGAUAAGACACGGUCGCGACAGAAUUCGAUGAGUAGAUACGAUGAACGUAUUGCAGACGCAGCCAUCGUGAGUUCGCCAGUGACUAAAUGUUAUCGAUGUUGUGGACGACUGUAUAUCGUGCAUAUCGAAGGCCUACCAGACAAAGAACCGGCGCGUCAACGGAAUCGGCGUAACGUGUGCGCGCGAUGGUCGACGAUUUUCUGAAUGUCUUUCGAUUCUGGUCAACGGGAACAGAAAGGAGAGCGGCAAAUCGAACAGAGAAAACGUCGAACGCUUGAUGGUACAGCCGACCAAAAAGUCAUUAGAAAAUUAGCUGGUUACGAAGUAAUAUCCAUCGGGAAAUCGGUUAUAGCGUUUAACGUCGUACAGUAGAGUUAAAAUUCUCGGGGUCGUUGCGAUAAUUAAAAUUGUAUCGAUGAUACCGCGC